CGGCAGCCCCGAGCGCAGCGGACUGGUCCGGCAGCAGAUCAUCCUCUGCUGGGUCCGAUCCUCCGAGGAACUGGGGGGUUGUUUUGAUUCAGGUUGACGGAAUUUAGUUUUUUUUCUCCACUCGCGUGUUUUUUUUUACUCCCGUUUCGUCGCGUUGAGCUCCAGCAUGUUCGCUUGGCUCAGUGAGUUCUCUCCCCCCUGGAAGUUCCACGCUUCAGCGGCGGAGACCCAAACUUAUUGUAGCCGAGUUGAGGAGCAACUUUCUCAGCUGCCGCAGUAGUCCACGGGCUGUCCGAUGCUAAGCUAACCCAGUAGCCACAAGUCUGGGUUUGUCUUCAGUUCAAAGUUUAGAAAACGAUUAAGGGGAACUUCCCACUACGGGAAUCGCUUAUCAGACGAGGUUUCCGCGGAGUUUGGACAGAGUGAGCUGCCCCCUCGGAGGUUCUCUUUUCCCGGGGCAGUGCGGUGCAGGUGCACCUCCUGCGGCACCUGCGAUAACAGCCCCCUCCGCACAGAGCUAACUUUAGCCUGUUGCGCGCUAGCCUGACGCACAUGAACACUUUGUUGUUAAACUCUGUUUCUCUCGUCGUGGACAUAUUAAGAGUUUGAAGACGUCGUGUGGCGAGUUCCAGUGUUCUGUGACCGUUCAGCCGCCAGCGGUGACUUAAGCUGAGAACUAUCCCGGCUAACCGCAGCCAGCAGCCCGGCUAGCUCGGGCUUGACCCGCACACUUCCACCGGAGUGGCGACGUGGAUGCAGGCUUGUAGACGCGGUCUCCCACAGGACUUUGGACACGGUGUGACGCUGCGCCGGGACUUCCCCCCUCCUCUCCGCCUCGUACAUGUGACAGCAUGCGGAUUUCAAGAAGUUACCUCUCAACCUUUUAAAGUUUACACUUUCAUUUUUUGUUUUGUUCUAAAAGCUCUGCACCCUAUGGUGCCGCUACGGCCACCGAGAAAUGGAUGUCUCGCAGGCCGCUUUCCCAAACGGUGAAGGGCGGCCGGGCGGCGGAGAGGAGACCGGGGAGCAUGCCUGGACAGAUUCUCCCACAGUCCGGGCGUGGGCUCACUCUGCCCCGCUCUGCCAGACCCGGUCCCUGUGGACGGCCGCGUACGACUACGAGGGAAGCGGCGAGGACGAGCUCAGCCUCCAGCGAGGGGACGUGGUGGAGGUGCUGUCCAAGGAUGCAGCGAUCUCCGGGGACGAGGGCUGGUGGACGGGUAAAAUCAACCACCGGGUCGGGAUCUUCCCCUCGAACUAUGUCACGUAUCAACCCGCUAUUUACCGUCUCCCUGGUACGAGUGGCUCGGAGGGGACAGAGGCGCAGGUGCCGAGCCCUCCGUUCCAGAUUCCAUUCAGUGAACUGGUACUAGAGGAGAUCAUUGGCGUGGGUGGAUUUGGCAAAGUUUACCGGGGCACAUGGAACGAUCAGGAGGUGGCCGUGAAGGCGGCUCGGCAAGACCCGGACGAGGACAUAACCGCCACCUCCUGCAGUGUUAAACAAGAGGCCAAGCUUUUCUCCAUGCUGCAGCAUCCCAAUAUUAUCAAACUGGAGGGAGUGUGUCUGGAGGAGCCGAACCUGUGCCUGGUCAUGGAGUACGCCCGUGGCGGGACAUUGAACCGGGCGCUGACCGGAAGGCGCAUCCCUCCACACAUCCUGGUCAACUGGGCCGUGCAGAUCGCACGCGGGAUGCACUAUCUCCACGAGGAGGCCGUGGUGCCCAUAAUCCACCGUGACCUGAAGUCUAGCAACAUUUUAUUACUUGAAACAAUCGAGAAUGACGAUAUCGGGAGGAAGACCUUGAAGAUCACAGAUUUCGGUCUGGCCAGGGAGUGGCACAACACCACAAAAAUGUCAGCUGCAGGCACCUACUCCUGGAUGGCCCCCGAGGUCAUCAAGUCUUCUCUGUUCUCCAAAGGCAGUGACGUCUGGGGCUAUGGAGUCUUGCUGUGGGAGCUGUUAACGGGGGAGGUACCGUACCGAGGGAUCGACGGCCUGGCUGUAGCUUACGGUGUGGCAGUCAACAAGUUAACUCUACCAAUCCCCUCCACCUGCCCCGAACCCUUCGCCAAGCUCAUGGAAGAGUGUUGGGACCAGGACCCCCAUGUACGUCCCUCCUUCUCCUGCAUCCUGGAGCAGCUGUCGGCCAUCGAGGAGGCGGUGAUGGCCACCAUGCCCCAGGACUCGUUUCACAGCAUGCAGGACGACUGGCGUGUGGAGAUCCAGGAGAUGUUCGAUGAGCUCAGGACCAAAGAAAAGGAGCUCCGUUCCCGGGAAGAGGAGCUGACGCGAGCUGCCCUCCAGCAGAAGUCUCAGGAGGAGCUGCUGAAGCGUCGGGAGCAGCAGCUGGCCGAGAGGGAGAUCAACGUGCUGGAGAGGGAGCUCAACAUCCUCAUAUUCCAGCUCAACAAAGACAAGCCCAACGUGAAGAAGAGGAAGGGCAAAUUCAAACGCUCCCGCCUCAAACUGAAGGAUGGGAACCGCAUCAGCCUGCCCUCAGACUUCCAGCAUAAGAUCACAGUGCAGGCGUCACCUUCUAUGGACAAGAGGCGGAGCCUUCAUAGCACCAGCUCCUCCCCUCCCAGCAGUCCCACACUCAUCCCUCGGCUACGAGCCAUUCAGCUCACUCAGGAUGAGAGUAACCGUACAUGGGGCCGCAGCACCCUCUUCAGGCCAGAGGAGUUUGAUGACGUGAAGAAGGGAAUCAAGAAGAAAGGAAGAACCUGGGGCCCCAGUUCAAUACAGAGCAAAGAAAGGCCUGCUGCUGCUGAGAGAGUGCGUCCUCUGUCAGACGGCAAUAACCCCUGGUCCACCAGCCUGGUGAAGUCCCAGAAGUCUGUCCCUCUCGCUGCCCUGUUUGCAGAACAAGCAGGAACCGGUAAAGAUGAGGCCUUCACCCAGGAUAGUUCCGACAGCAGCUCCAAACCAAAGCAGCUCAAGUUCCCCAACCAGGUGUACAUCGAUCUACCUCUGUGGAGGGACGAGCAGCAGCCUCAGAGCCCCGGGGGCCACUGUGGGCCUGGAGACUCCGGGGUCGGGGCAGCCGGUCAGAGUGGCCCUGCAGAAACCCCAGACGACCCCUAUACCACCACAUCCACCUCGUCUACUUCCACCACCCCGCAGCUCACCCCGACCAACAGUCUGAAGCGGACGUCAACUCGCCGCAAGACCGACUCCGUGUUGUACGGCUGCGGCUCGCUGCUGGCGUCGGUCGUGCUCGGCUACGACAUCAGGGAGGCGAUCAAGAACUCGGCCCCUUGUGAGGAGUGCGAGCCCCAACGCGAGGAGAAAGAGAAGAAGAAGAAGGAGGGCCUGUUUCAGCGGGCGACCCGGUUCCGACGCAGCACCUCACCGCCGAGCGGUCGCGUCCGCAAAGAGGAGGUGUCCCCGAACCACACCUGCACCCAGCCUGUUAAUCUCAUCUCCAUGUCGGCCAUCAUAGAAUGCACCUCCACCAAGUGUCUCCUGCAGUCUGAGGUGGACGCGUCGGAGUCGAGCCCUGGGAAAGUUGAGCUCGUCACCGUUAAUAAUCACACAGAGCCAUUAACAACCAGCCCAGCAGCUACAGACGGACAGACUGACAGGACUCCAGCUAAAACACAGACACCAGUGAAAACCCAAAGUCCACCGCCAGAACCGAACAACCAUAACACAGGGACACGGCUACGCAGAAAGAAAUACAACAACAACCACACCAAUGGUCCAGCCUCUCUGCCUCCUCCCACCCCACAGACGAAGCAGGAGAAAGAGAAGGAGGGAGCUCCAGAGAAGCCCUCCGGCGGGGAGGUGUUCUCCAGGCAGCGGCCCGUCUCUUUCCGGGCCAAACCCCACGCCUGGGCCCUGCUGCGAGGACGCAACAAGAGCUACUCCCUGGGCCACUACUCCGGAGAGAAGGCGGUAAAAAACCUAAACAUGGUGCUGACGUCGGAGGUGGGGGUGGGCUGCUCCCUGCUGGACAUGGACACAGAGGGCCAGAAACGAGACUGCACCGUGCCGCUCUGCCGCAUUCAGAGUUCCCCGGCUCGGCCCUCCGUCUUCGAGCUGGAGAAGGAGUUCCUCUCGUAGAAGAAGUGAUCUGCCGUGGUCCUAGUUCCAGAACAUGCAGAAUUUUGGCCUUGAACUCCUGGAGGGUUAAGAACCAGGCUGCCUUUAAAAAAAAAAAAACUUCUAUAACUUAGAACCAAGCUUUGUCUUAGGUCUAGAACAUAGUGAUGUCAGUGUUCCAGAGCACAACCAAGUCUUAGGCUGUGUCUCAAUUUAGGGGGGUCGCAACCUUUGGAGGAUUCAGUCUGCACAGACCAUGCCAAGGCGAGGCUGAACGGAAAUGUCUGAUCUCUGGAGGAUUCCUCUCUGCGUCCCCAGCUCCACUCGCUCUUAGCGCUGCAUCGUUAGCGACUUGGAGCUGCUGCAGCUCAGCCACCAGCUUGUUAGCUUCACUAGCUCAGCUGGCCCGAGGGGGAUCCACCUGUUUGCUCCUUCGUUGCUCAGGAGUCGAAGGAAGCGUCUGUCGAAAUGGGAGAAAACCUCCGCUGUGAAUCGAUAAAUCUUCAAAUGCAGCUUCCGAAGGACGCGGCCCCUGAAUUAAGACACAGCUUGAGACACGUAGAGGACGUCUGUGUCCCAGGAGCUCUAGACGGUGCACCCCUUAUCUCAAUGGGAAAAAGGCCUUACAAGCCGCUGUGUCUCAUUCAAAAUCACACACACAAACACACACAUUUAGUGCUGAAACCUGAGCGGUACGGACCAGCAGCUCGACUGCCACCUUCAUCAGCUCCCCUCUCCACCUUCGUCUUCCUCCUCCUCUCUCGUUCUGUCGGUGCAGCUAAACGUUGACCGCCGCUGCAGCUUUUUUUGCAACACAGUACCCUCACCUUUUUAUUUAUAUAUAUAUUUUUAUAGGUAAUUUAAUAUGAAAAGACUUGACCUUACCUUAGCAGCCAGCAGGAUGUACAUUCCAUGUCAGUUUCAAAGUUGUGCGAUCACGCUUUUUACAUACAGUUUAUUUUUUUUCUUUGGGACUUGAGAAUAUUGCAUGCGCGUUUACCCUUAAAAUGUUGAACAAAAAAAAAUCAUUCUGCCUUGUUUGUAAAUAUUUCUUUUCAUCCAUUAUCAGCCUAAUGCUGACAGUUGUUUUGUAUUUCAUAUCUGCUGUUGUGUGAGUAACGUGCUGGAUCGGAGCAGGGACGUUUCCUCCUCGAAGGUUUUAGAGAAGCUGGGAGGAGAAACACUGGAAGUCCUUCAAACGCCGAUUUGGAACUUUUCCACGUAAAAAGUUGGAUUCAAUUUUUAAAUGACACGUCGUGGUCAUGUGUAGCUAAUAUUGACUUUUGUAAGAGUAUUUAUAGGAAGGUUUCUUUGGUUCAUAUUUCAUAUACACACUCUGCAUCAGGGCGGCUGGCAGAGCCUCUGAUGACACAGAAUUACAGGAUUCAUAAUGCGAUCCCUGCAAUGACAGCUGAUUGGCUGGAGCUGCAGUGACACAGCAUGACAUCCACUUUAAGCUGUGGAUGGAUCAGCACAGAGCCCGGGAGCGGUCUCACUGAAGACCACGUUGACUCUGGUGCACAACUCGGCAGAACUUGUACUGUAAACAGAGUCCAAUAGGCCUCAAGUACUGAAGAAUGUCUCAAUCUUAAAUCCACGUCCUCUCCUUUAUGAUCAUGUGAACACAAUUUUGUAAUUUAUGCAAACAAGUCGUUCAAUUUAACUUCAUCACUCAGCAUUUACGAUGCCCCCCCCCCCAUCGCCGUUAUUUGUGUAAAACGUUAAUCCCACCGUGAACGUUCACCUGGUUUGACAUUAAGCUGAGUCAGGUUUUUACCUUUUAUUUCUGUUUUCUACUUGUUUUAUAUAACAUUAGAUAAACUGGUCCCAGUGUCAGAACAUGUAUUAUUUUAGUCAAGCUCAGGAAAGUCUGGAGAUGGAUUUAAAGGAGGAGAUUUCAGAAUUCAGUUGAGGACAUUUUAACUUUUCUUAUUGUCGUACUGUAAACUUAGAGCCUGUUUGUUUGGCUCAUCAGAAGUUGUUUUUCCAGACCUCGGUGAAUUUGAUGAUAUGACGUUCUUACUAUGCAGAAUAUUUACUGUACCUUCUUCCAUGGUCACUCCCGGGCUCUCUCUCUCUCUCUCUCUCUCUUUUAAAAAGUUUGAACAAACGAACCCAUCCUUAAAUGGGUGACGAUUCUACCCCCCCACCCCCUCAGCUUUUUAUCUCUGCCUCCCUCGUCUGUUAAGAAAACGUGUUCUACCUUUUGAAGGAACAAAACAAGGACUCAUUAACAUGAAGACAUGAAUUCCUGAAUGGUGUAAAUAUAAAUGUGAUUCCUGAUGUGUGUGUGUGUGUGUAUAUCACUGUGGCAUCUUAUGAUGAUGUAGAUUGGAAGUUUCUGUACUUUGUGACGACAAACUUUAAAAACCAGGUCCAUCACUGUAAAGGCCUUUACGAAUAAUCAGGUGCAGUUUACAAGUCGAGACAUCUGGAUUCUACCUGCUUAUCUUUUUAAAGAACGAAGGGUAUCUGUAAAAACCACAAUGCACUGGUACUGUACAUUCCCCUUUUGAAACACUGUGUUUGACUCUGGAGCUGAAGUCUGCGGUUUGUCGUCCAGUCGGAAACUUUGCUCGGCUGGCGGCGAACAAACAGGGUUUUUGUCUGUUACAGUCAAAAAUCAACUUGACGAACCCAAACAAGAAAACAUUCCACUGCUGUUGACAAACUGCAGCGAUAUUAUCUGUGAAAGCAAAAAAAAUCAAUAAGGUGCAUUCAGGGUUUCUGGCUACGGGACCAAAUUCCACUGUUCCAGCGCUGAGGCCUCUGGGUCUUCAGGACCAAAACCACUAAAUGAACUAGCUGCUAGUGCGGAGCUCUUUCAAAGAAGAGUUCUCCGCAUGAAAAACGUCACGCCCGACCUCAGAGGUGCAGUUACAGAGACCCAUCAUCACCGUCUGAUCAAUCAUGUGACUUCCUGUUAAAAUGCAACACUUCCUGUCUAGUCGCUGAACGAGUGUUUUCGGUGAACCAUUCUUAUCACUACAGUAUUGGCUGUUUCAUGCCUGAUUGAUUAAGAGUAUCAAGUUUGUCAACAUUUUGAAUAAAGUCUAAAUCAAUGCUA